AUGGAUGUAAUCAAGUUAAAGGCGCAGCGUUCAGGCCAUCGUGGAGUAAUUACCAAAAUUUUGAGGAGAAUUUCUGAAAUUGAAGAUGAAAAUGGAAAAGCUGAAAUGAUCAAGGUACUGGAAGAGAAUUGGGACACAUUAGAAAAAAUCAACAGUGAAAUUCUACAAGAACUAGAGAAAGAAGAAGAAAAUCAAAUGGAGAUCGAAGAUUCAGAUGAGUACAUAAUAGAAUUAAGACUUAAAUUAGCAGAAUUGACAAAGAAUGGAAAGGCUUCUGAUAAUCUUAAUCAAUGUACAUCCAGGAAUUUAAAUGUAAAUGCACCACAGUUCAUUCCAAGCAGUGAAUCAUUAGAACCCAACAUAGGGAAACUUAACAUUCAUAAUCAUAAACUGCCGAAAUUAAACCUGCCAGUUUUUUCGGGAGAUUUACUUCAAUGGCAAACAUUUUGGGAUUGUUUUGAGUCAAGCAUCCAUGGGAAGAACAGUUUGUCUAAUGUUGAAAAAUUUAGCUAUCUACGAUCGCUGCUAUGUGGGGAAGCCCUUCGCUCUGUGUCAGGAUUCAGUUUGACCAAUACCAACUACAGGCAAGCAAUAGAUGUUUUAUUUGAGAGAUACGGACAGAAUCACAAAAUCAUUAAUGCCCAUAUCCAGAGUUUGAUUGAUUUACAACUUCCCAAGCCUAGUCCUGAAAGUUUGAGAAACUUCUUUGACAAAAUGGAAUGCUACAUUAGAGGAUUAGAAACCCUAGGAACUGAUGAGACCACCUUUGGGACAAUUUUAACUCCAAUGAUAUACAACAAACUACCAGCAGAAAUUCGGAAGAACAUUACCCGGGACAAAGGAGAUGAUCAAUGGGAACUGCAUUCACUGAGGAGAGCCAUCAAGAAGGAGCUAUGUGUUCAAGAUGCUGGACAGGCAGUGCAGUCAAAACAGGAAACCCAGGAAUUCAUUCCAACAGCUAACUUUGUUGCAGGAUCGAGUCAUAUAAGGAAUAACAAGCAGGAAAAUUACGUGAAGCAAUGCUUAUUCUGCAAUGGAAAUCAUUCACCAAUCAAUUGCCGUAAUGUCCAAGACUAUGAUAAGAGAAUAUCAAUCAUCAAACAGAAGAGAGUCUGCUUUAAUUGCUUUGGAAAUCACAAAGUAAGUGAAUGUAAAUCAAAUUUCAAAUGCAGGAAUUGCAAGAAGUCUCAUCACACAAGUAUUUGCAAGAAUUCGCAUCUACCUCAAAGUUCCUCAGAGAGAGAUGUCACAAAGUCAGAGAGCACGCAAUCGAAUCAACCAACUCAACGAGAGCAGUCGUUCCAGCUUCAUUCUUCAACACAGGUGACAACCAAAACUGAAGUGUUACUGAAAACUGCUGUGACACCAAUUUGGUAUGGAAAUCAAGAAAUCAACUACUGUAAUAUAUUGCUUGAUGAAGGGGCUCAAAAUUCAUUUAUUACAGAGGAGUUAGCACAAAAACUUGAUAUCAAAUCAAAUGGAUCUGUUACCCUAAGAAUUUCAGAAUUUGGAGACAAGAAUAGUGAAAUUCGUCGUCUUGAGAAAGCAACGGUACAACUAGAAACACAAACUGGAGACAGAAUUCCAAUGGAGGUCAUCAUAAUUCCAAAGAUUGCAGCUCCAAUCUCAAACAGAUCACGCGUCAAUAUCAGGGAACUCGCAUACCUUAGAGGAUUAAAAUUGGCACAACGGUUAGCACAGAGGAACAGUUCCAUAUUUCGAUGCUCAUUGGUGCGGAUUACUACUGGAACAUAG